AAGAGGAUCUUGGACAUUGGGGUAGGAUCGGGGGGUUGGGCAGUCGAGGUGGCAGAACUCUUCCCUGAGGCCGAAAUGAUCGGCGUGGAUAUUGUGGAAUCAAAGAUAGAGAACGGUCCACCGAAUUUCACGUUUCGAUUCCUGAACGUCGUGAAGGAUGAAUGGCCCUUUCCGCUCAAUACAUUCGAUAUUGUCCACUGCCGAUUCCUCUUAAUGCAUACUCCCAACUUUGAGAUUGUCCUCAAUAAGGCUAUCGAUAUUGUGGCGCCCGAAGGGAUUUUAAUGGCCGUCGAUCCUGCUAACCGAUUUGAAGCGGAAGGAAAGCCAGUGCCUACCGAA